AUGGAAGACAACAACCUCCAACAGCUUUCACAUCAUGAGAAUGAUGAUGACGCCAUGGAAGAGGAGAUUUUCGGCGGCGGUGGAGGCGAGAUCUCAACGCACCGGGUGCUCGUCGACAUCGGUGACGGUACCGAAAACCCCGAACCACAAUCAUUCUCUUAUGUUCUCUCUUUUAGAAACCUCAGUUACAACGUCAACCUCCGUCAGAAAUUGACCUUUCAAUCCCUACUUACAAGAACCGCGAAGCCGAUAACUAAGAUAAUCCUAAAAGACAUCUCCGGCGAAGCGCACGUCGGCGAAAUACUCGCACUCGUAGGCGCCAGCGGCUCCGGGAAAACGACACUGCUCGACGCUUUAGCGAAUCGAAUUGAGAAAGAGAGCUUAAAAGGAAGUGUGGAUUUGAACGGCGAGGUGUUGGAGUCUCGGUUACAGAAAGCGAUCACGGCAUACGUAAUGCAAGACGAUUUGCUAUACCCAAUGCUAACGGUGGAAGAGACAUUGAUGUUCGCUGCAAAGUUCCGGCUUCCCCGGACACUAGAAAAGUCCAAGAAGAAAGAGCGAGUCCAGGCCGCGAUUGACCAAUUAGGCCUCCGAAGCGCGGCAAGGAUGAUCAUGGGUGACGAAGGGCACCGCGGAAUAUCUGGCGGCGAGCGGCGACGCGUCUCAAUAGGAGUCGACAUAAUUCACGAUCCUGUUCUCCUGUUCUUGGACGAACCGACUUCAGGGCUUGAUUCGACGGGCGCGUUCGCGGUGGUGAAGGUCCUAAAGAGGAUCGCUCGGAGCGGCAAUGUCGUCGUCAUGUCGAUUCACCAACCUAGUUACCAAAUUCUUGAUUUCCUCGAUCGACUGAUCUUCCUCUCUCACGGAGAAGUUGUCUAUAGAGGAUCUCCGCGAAAUCUUCCCGUGUUCUUCUCCGGCUUCGGUCGACCGAUUCCAACCAACACAAAUCCAGUUGAAUUCGUGCUUGAUCUGAUCUCCGAGCUCGAAGACUCGACCGACGGAAUCAAUGGUUUGGUGGAGUUCAACAAGACGUGGGAAUGUCCUGAAUUUUCCACCAACUCCAUUAAUGGAAAUGUUAAUGGCUCGAAUGUUCUUCCCCUCAAAGAUGCAUUAAAUUUUGGAAUUUCCAGAGGCAAGUUAAUCAUAAAUGACAGUACUAAUUUUCCGAGUUUUGCAAAUCCCUUAUGGAUCGAAACUCUGAUCCUACUUAAGCGCUCAAUCACCAAUUCACGAAGAUCACCAGGAAUAUUCUUGAUCCAAUUUCUUACGAUCUUAUUUGGUGGUGUUUUCAUAGCCUCUCUAUUUUGGCAGCUUGAUGAGUCCUCUCAAGGGGUCCAAGAACUCCUAUCAUUUUUCGCCUACACCAUAACGCUGCCCUUCUUUUGUACAUGUCAGUCUCUCCCUCUUUACCUCCAAGACCGAGACAUCUUCAUCAGAGAAACCGCUUACAACACUUAUCGCCGAUUCUCCUAUGUUCUCUCUCGUUCCCUAGUGGAUCUCCCACUUCUAAUCAUCUUCACGCUUACCUUAUCGACGAUCACAUUUUGGGGCGUGGGGAUCGCCGGAGACUUGGUUGGAUUCAUGUUCUACUUCUUGAUCAUUUGUGGCUCGUUUCUGGUUGGAAAUUCAGUUACUGCGUUCGUCUCUGGCCUAGUUCCAAACAUUCUUAUCGGAUUCACGGUUGUGAUGUUGUUCUCCGGGUAUUCCGUUCUCUUAUGCGGAUUCUUCCUCCACAAGGAUCAAAUACCUCCUUAUUGGAUUUGGUUCCACUAUAUCGCGGUCAGCAAGUAUACAUACGAAGCGCUUGUGCGGAAUGAGUUUGAGAGACCGACCAAGUGCUUCGAGAGAGCUGUGGAGAUGUUCGACAACACGCCGUUUGCUAAUGUAUCGCCCGCCAUGAAAGCGAGUUUGUUGGGAGACUGGAGCACCUCGCUAGGGAUGAACGUGACGAGCUCGACGUGUACGAGGACUGGUUUCGACGUUUUGCAAGAGCAAAGUUUCAGUGAUCUCAACAAGUGGAAUUACAUGCUGGUUCUUUUAAGUUGGUGUUUCUUUUACUGGAUUCUGUUUUUUUUUUCAUUGUUACUUGGGAACAAAAAUAAAAGGAAGUAG